AUGUCUUCCCUCCAUCCUCUCCCAGAAGAGAACGAAAUCCGCGACGUAAUAAUCAUCGGCGCCGGACCAUGCGGCCUGGCUGUUGCCGCAAGACUCGGUGAAGAAACACCCUCUGCCGUCUUCACCGAUGAAGAACAUCAACGAUACCACUGGAUCAAGAAACACACCGGCCGGAUGAAUCUGGUUCAAGCAGGACACAGCAAAAAAAACGGCGUCCGAGCUGCAAAAUGGGAUAGUGAGAAGAGAUGUCCUUGUGAUAUAGAGGGACGAGAGCGUCGUGCUUCUACAGACUCGGUUUCUUCCGUUCCGUCGUUAUCUGCUUCUUCUACUUCUUCGUCCUCGUCUGUCUCCACUCUCGUGCUUGACGGAUCGGGCGAUAAGUGGAUGCAGCGUUGGAAUAACGCAUUUCGGACAUUGGAGAUUAAACAACUCCGCAGUCCGAUGUUCUUUCAUGUUGAUCCUGGUGAUCGCGAUGGCAUGUUGGCUUAUGCGCAGGAGACUGGGAGAGAUACGGACUUGUGGGAGAUUCCUAACUGUGUCGGGAAGGAGAUGAGUAAACAUAAAAAGAAGAAGAGAAGACAGGGUGGGAAGAACCAAACACUUGGCGGAGAAAUCGACGAACGAGAUCGGAAAGAUUAUUUCUCGCCAUCCACAGAUCUGUUCACCGAUUACUGCGCUUCAAUCAUUGAUCGAUAUGGUUUGGAUGAACCGGGUCAGAUACUGCAACGCGAAGCUACAGAUCUCUCAUAUGGUUAUCUAUCUGAUAACUCGCAGUCAAAGAUGUUCACGAUAACCACUUCCACAGGGGAGAAGUUCUAUAGCCGGGCUGUUGUUCUUGCAAUUGGACCAGGUGGAGCAGGAGUAUCAAAAAUAUAUCCCUGGAAGCCAUCAACUGAGCAAGAGGGUGCUGCUGCAUGUUGCCACAGCAUGGAAAUCAAACAGUUCCCUAGCUCUAAUGUACGAAGUAAGAUCCAGCGACGACAGGAGACGAAUGUUGUUGUUGUUGGAGGAGGGCUAUCGUCCGCCCAGAUUGUUGACAUGGCUGUUCGGAAAGGAGUGACCAAAGUUUGGUUCUUGAUGCGCUCUGGGCUGAAAGUUAAACAUUUCGAUAUCAGUCUGCCCUGGAUGGGCAAGUAUAAAAACUGGGAAAAAGCUGCCUUCUGGUCUGCCGACACCGACGAAGAACGCCUUGAAAUGCUUCAAACCGCCCGAAAUGGAGGAAGUAUCACACCUCGCUACACAAAAAUAGUGAAACAACACGCCGCCCGACACCGCGCUUCCAUCCACCCCUGCACAGAGAUAAAAUCCCACGAAUACAACUUGCAAACAGAAACCUGGACUCUGACAACUGAUCCGCCAAUUGCUGACCUGCCCCCAAUCGACUAUAUCUACUUUGCGACAGGGGCGAGGGUCGACGUGCGCGAAAUAUCAUUGCUCCGCCAGAUGAACGAUCAAUACCCUAUUGAGGUUAAAUCGGGAUUGCCCUGUCUGACUAACGAUUUGUCGUGGAGGAAUGACGUGCCGCUAUUCAUGACUGGGCGCAUGGCAUCCUUGCGUCUCGGUCCUUCGGCUCCUAAUCUUGAGGGCGCGAGGGUUGGUGCGGAACGGGUUGCUUGGGGUAUUGAGGAGGUCUUGCAGAAGGGCGAGAAGGCUGGUGGGCAGUGUGAGGGGUUUUGUGGUCUUGGGAAUCGGUAUGCUUCGCUGGUUGGGGAUGAUGAU